AUGACCAUUAAAGAAAUAGAUAAAAAACCAGUUUUAAAUGACUUCUUAUGGACAUAUCAAGAAGAACCACAUAAAACUAGACGCCAUGAAAUAAUAAAAACUCAUCCAGAAGUUAUAAAACUUUGUGGCCAUGAACCACUUACAAAAUAUAUAAUAUUUUUUGUGGUUAUAUUUCAAUUAGUAUCAGCUUAUUUACUUCGCAAUGAAAAAUGGUUAUCAAUUAAAUUUUUUCUCUAUGCAUACAUUUUUGGUGCAACUGCAAAUCAAAAUAUAUUUCUUGCAAUACAUGAAUUGUCACAUAACCUUGUAUUCAAACAACCUAAAUUAAACCAAUAUUUCUCCAUUUUUGCAAACUUACCUAUUGGAGUUCCAUAUAGUGCAUCAUUCAAGCCAUAUCAUCUUCUGCAUCACAAAUAUUUAGGAGAAGAUGGAACAGAUGCAGAUCUUCCUACAAAAUUAGAAGCAGUACUUCUUAAUAAUGUUCUUGGAAAAGCAUUUUUCUGUACAUUUCAAUUAUUUUUUUAUGCAAUUAGACCAGUAUUUAUAAAAAGAUUACCAUUUACAUUUUUACAUAUUAUUAAUUUAUUAUUUCAAUUGUUAUUUAAUAUUAUUUUAAUACGUUUAGUAGGUACAGGUGCUUUUUUUUAUCUUAUUCUUUCUUCAUUUUUAGCUGGAUCACUUCAUCCAUGUGCAGGACAUUUUAUUGCAGAACAUUUUUCUCUUGUUAAAGAUAAAAAUGAUGCAAUUGAUACAUUCUCAUAUUAUGGAAUUUUAAAUGUUUUAACAUAUAAUGUCGGUUAUCAUAAUGAACAUCAUGAUUUCCCAUUUAUCCCUUGGACACGAUUACCAAAAUUAAAUAGCAUUGCAAAUGAAUUCUAUAGAAACCUUCCAUACCAUACUAGUUGGAUUUAUGUAUUAUGGCAGUUUAUUACAGACGAUCGUGUGGGAUUAUGGUGUAGAAUCAAAAGAAAAAAAGGAUUGAUUCGAAAAUCUCAAAAAAAAUAA